UUGAAAAGGGUCCUUCUCAUUUGUGUGAGUCAUGCUUUUGCUGUGAGCGAGUUGGCAGCUCUAAGCAGGACUGGGAUCUCUGUCAUAGAAAACUGUUACUUCACCCAACCUUAACGUGGAACCAUAAGAAAUUUCUUAAAUAUAUCUUUUUUUUUUUUUUUUGUUCUUCCUUAUACUCCGUGCUUUUUUACCCCCAAAUCUUGUUAUCUGUCCGUGUUGCUAUGAAUCGCCUGCUAUGUUAGCACAGGCAUCUCCUGCGUUGGCAUCAGAUUUGCCAGAACAUAUGCAGGAAACUAGAUAGAAGGGCAUGCUUCAACGUACCAAGUACAACCGCUUCAGGAAUGAUUCGGUGACAUCAGUUGAUGAUCUUAUUCACAAUUUGUCCAUGAACAGCAAGGUCUCAGCAGUUGCUACGACUUCAACAGCACCUUCCUACCUGGUCUCGCCAGAGGUUCUUCGCAAGGACCAAGAAGAUGGACCCACCACCCUGUGUACCCUCAUCCAUAAAGUGUCCCACUUGAAACUCUCUCAUACAGGCAGCCUUUUGGGUAUCAAAAACCUGUCCUCUGCAGUAAGGGAGCUUGCUGUCUCCAAGUUGCAGGGAAACUCGAGUGCUUCUAGCUCAGCAGCAGGAGCUUCAGACAACACAUGUAACCUUGUCUCUGCUACUUCGUGUUCUCAGCAGGACGUGAGCAAGAUGAGUAUGGGGAAAAAAACACCGUCAGAGGAAAUGCACCCGGCAGGUGAAGACUGGAAUCAAAGUAGCAGCUUUGUCAAUAAACCCUCUCGAGGAUGGCUGCACUCGAGUGAGAAGAUCCUGGGACCUGGUGUGACGUACAUUGUGAAGUACUUGGGGUGCAUAGAAGUCUUACGCUCAAUGAGAUCUCUUGACUUCAAUACAAGAACACAGAUUACAAGGGAAGCAAUCAGUCGUGUUUGUGAAGCUGUGCCUGGUGCCAAAGGAGCCUUCAAGAAACGAAAGCCACCAAGCAAAGUUCUUUCUAGCAUCUUGGGAAAAAGCAAUCUUCAGUUUGCAGGAAUGAGCAUAAUGCUGAAUAUCUCCACCACCAGCUUAAACCUAAUGACUCCUGAUACAAAGCAGAUCAUAGCAAAUCACCAUAUGCAAUCUAUCUCCUUCGCAUCCGGAGGUGAUCCUGAUACAACUGACUAUGUUGCAUAUGUAGCUAAGGAUCCUGUUAAUCGGAGAGCUUGUCAUAUACUGGAAUGCUGUGAUGGCCUUGCCCAGGAUGUCAUCAGCACCAUAGGGCAGGCAUUUGAGCUUCGAUUUAAGCAAUACUUAAGGUGCCCCUCUAAGAUACCUACUUUCCACGAUAGGGUGCAGAGUUUUGAUGAGUCAUGGAUGGAGGAAGAGAGUGAGGCAGCAGAACAUCCCUAUUACAACAACAUCCCAAAUAAAAUGCCCCCUCCUGGUGGCUUCAUUGAUGCCAGACUCAAAGCAAGGAUUCCCACUGCUGCAGACACAGCUCAGUCUGCAGCAGGAGUGGGAAGAGAGCGGAUCUAUUACCAGAGUCGUCACUUAGGAGACAAAUUCAAUGAAGACUGGCAUCAUGAACCUGUUAAGCAAGGAUCUCUGGAUAUUUAUAGUGUGCCGGAAGGGAGAUCACAAGUAACUUCAACAGCAGAGAUGCCAACUUAUGUGAACACCCAGCAUAUAAAUAUGGAAGCUCUAUUGGCACUUCAGGCAGAUGCUGAAAGUACCUUCAGUGGAAACGCAAAUAAUACCAAAGAGAGUAGCCCAGAAAAGGAUCUAUUUGACAUGAAACCAUUUGAAGAUGCCCUUAAGAACCAGACGCCUGAGCCUGUGUUGAAUAAAUCCACUUCCGUUGAAUGUACUAGUCCUCUUUUAUCCAGAGCUGCUGACUGGACUACAAUGGAAGAGCUAAGUACAGAGCCAUGGUAUCAAGGAGAGAUGAGCAGGAAAGACGCAGAACAGCUGUUAAAGAAAUGUGGAGAUUUCCUUGUGAGAAAAAGUACCACAAAUCCAGGUUCCUAUGUGCUGACAGGCAUGCAAAAUGGACAAGCCAAGCAUCUUCUUUUGGUGGAUCCAGAAGGAACCGUUCGUACAAAAGACCGCGUCUUUGACAGCAUAAGUCAUCUCAUCAAUCAUCACCUUGAGAAUAAUUUGCCAAUAGUUUCUUCUGGGAGUGAACUCUGCUUGCAGCAGCCUGCUGAGAGGAAACACUGACUCCAGAUAACUCUUAGUUUUUGUAACUUGCAAGUUUUUGUAACUUGCAAGUUAUAACUUGUGGAAAUUGCAGAUCUGAAAACAUGUAUAAAAAAAAAAAAUGGAAAGAAAAGAAAAAAAAUAACACACAAAGCAAACAACAACAACAAAAACACACACACACACACACCAUAUUCCCAUAUGUUUCACCAGUAUAUUUUCUUUAGGUUUAAGAAGUUCUAUUUCACACAGUUUACUUGAAAAUUCUCAAUGCUUUAUGUGGACUUGAAGUCACAACAGAAGGUUUUCUUAAAAAUUAAUUUAAAUAAAAUUGUUCUGAUCCUCAAUUGUGAAUAUUGGUAGUGUAUAUAUACACACACAUAAUAUAUAAAUACAGUAUAUAUUUAUAUUUUUCAAGUCAGUCUGUUGAUGGUAUAGAACUAAUCUUCUGUGCCAUGUGUUUUUAACAGAAGAAAAAUGCCAAUUGUGAUUGUUCAAAUAAAAAUAGAAUACAGCAGUCUCAAUUUUUGAGAGAGCAAAUAUCGGGCAUCUUAUUUAUGAUUUUAUGUAAGAAGCACAAUAAUGGGGAUUACAGUUGGAACAUGUAUCUUAAGUACCUUGGAAAGAGACUGAAUUGAGCAACAUGAAUUCCAACUCAGAAAUUUAGCAUAAAAGGAUUUUUUUAAAGUGUUAUUCAGUGUCAUAGAUAUCAAAAGCAUUUUCUUUCUGAUGUCAAGUCUGAAUUCCUAUAUGAUAUUACUCAAAGCAUUUGUAUCUUGCUUUAACAAUGAUUUGGUGUGAUCUCGCUGUGUAAAAGGUGUAUGCAUUUGAUUUUUCUAAUGAUAAUACAACAAUAUUCUGCAACUUCAAUUUGUUAAUUUGAAUGGUAAGAUUAUUUAUAAAUAGUUCUCUGGUUAUGGUGAAGAUCUAGGUGUCCUUGACUAUCAGUUUCCAGUGAAAUGUUAUAUACUGAUUAGGCAGUUUCAAUAACUUGUAAUUAGUAAAUUUAAUGCAAGACUUCUGUGGCUGGUUAAAGACAUAUCUGAAAAAUCUUUUAGUCUUAUGGAUAGUGAAAACUAUUAUGACUCAGUGAUCAGUUUUGCAAAUGGUGUCAUUUGCAUUUAUCUAGUUAUUAGGUGCCUCUUCCCAAAGUAUAACUUGAUUUUGACCUUCAGCAAGAGAUAGGUAUUGCAAAUAUACAGCUUUUAUCUAAAUAUGAAGUUAGAAAUAUACACUAAAGAUGCGUUUCUGACAGAUGUUUCUUUGUCUUUUGGUAUUGGGAAUUGUUUUAGUGAAGGUCUGUACUGUUCAAACAAAAGUACUAUAUUAAUUUUUUUUCAUGUUUUAUGAGCCUUAGUUCUUAUUUAUGUAAAAUUAUCAAGACAAAUUCAAUAGACACUGUUCCUGUAAUGGCUAAGUUUGGGACAGAGCUAUGAUUUAGCUGUCAGCAUUCAAAGGUCUUCUCUAGCAGAAGCAUCUCAAAUCAAAUCAUCAGACUUGAUUUACAGUGGCCAAAAGUUGGCAGGCUAAGUCUAGGUUAAACACCUGCCUGUCCUCAAGUAGUCAGUUAGAUUUGUUUUUAAGAUUUUUUUUUUAAGUUUAAGAAUUUUUUUAAUUAAGACCAAACUGCUUGAAGGAUUCACUUAGAAUUCAUUCAGAUAGAAUCACUACGUAAGUGAGAAAAAAAAAAAAAAAAGAAAAAAAGGAAAAUCUUGUACCUAUUUCUUGUACCUCAUGCUUUGAAAUAUGGUCAAAUUGCAACUUUGAAAGACUUUUAUUUUGGUUGUUCUCAAGAACUAAAAUUAUUAAGGUACCUAAGACUAUCAUGUGACCCAUGAAAUAAAAAUACAUUUGAUUAUGUAAUCAAAACAUUCUGAAACCAAAUGAAGACAUUUAGUGAACCAAAUGCUUCUGAUUCAUUUUGUUGCAGAUAGUUAUUAUCUGAUGUUUCUAGGUCUGGAUGUGAGCUGAAAGGAAAGGAAAGAAAGUAAAUACUGCUUUGCAAAUUACCAUGACACUUAAAGUCUUCAAAUAUUUAAUUCUUAAAAUAUGUUUUUUCCUUUUACCAAGUUGGAAUUUGCAAGGAAAGUGAAAAGAUCUUAUAGCCAAAGUAGUACCAAUCAGACUGAUUUUUUUUAAGAGUAUCUGUUCUUACCAUAUUGCCCAUUGAAGUAUCUUUGUUGUCUCCUUUUUCAUCGUAUGUAACACUUGUCAUUCCGGUCUCCCACUUUCCUACAGACAUGUCCUGGAAUGUUUUUAGUAUGAUAUCAAUAACUGUAACAAAAGGCCUCUUUUGUACUUCAAAUAUGAUUGUGUAUCACUUCCGCAAUAGUCAGGUGCCUAACUUCUUAACCUGCCUUCAAAAAUCCCACCUGCUGCCUAUCUCUGUCUUGGAUUCUUAAGUAUCCUGCCAGUGCAUGCUGGGAAAAAUAUGGCAAGAUACAGAUGUAUGAAUGAAGGCACAAAACAUCCACUGAAAUAAGCAGAUACUUUUUUUUCCUUUUUUUUUCCUUUUUUUUUUCUUUUUUUUCUUUUUUUUUUUUUUUUCUUUUUUAACCAUUACCCCAGCUCUAGCUUUAAUAGUUUAGCAGCCAAAUAGCUGCAUAAUUUGGAAAUUAAAGUUGAUGGUAAGGAGACUUGAUAAAGCUUGCCAGAAACAUCAGUAGCUGUUCCCCAAACUACAUUUCACAAACUCUGCCUUCAAGAAAAUGUGUUUGUUUUAAGCUUCUCUUCCAGCACAUCCCACUACCGAGCUUAUCCACUGAUAACGCAAUGGUUACAGGCAGCUAGAUAAUAUGUACUUUGGUCUUUGGUGGUGGUUUGGGCUUCAACAUUUGGGCUGCAACAAUACUCCACUGCCAUAAUGGCCUGGGAGAUCCUGUCUGGCCACAUACAAAGGUCCAGAGCCUUUUCUAAGUCACUGAAACCAAAUGAUCUUGAACCAACCAACAAGGAAGAGCAAGCAUAUGGGCAAAUUAAUGCUCCUUUGGCAGAUCCUACUUUUUGUAAUUGUCAUUCUCAUAGAUUUGGCUUUCCACCUUAUGAGAAUGGUAUAAAAACUGUAUAGCCAUUUCAUUAGCAGGUCCACUACUGUUGUCAUUAGAGUGAAAGAGACAUUUUACAUUGAGCUCAGCAAGAGAGAACUGAACCUGUUAGAAAGUCAUUUCUCCUCAUUUCUGUGAGGAGCCAACACUGCUAGCAAUUUAAGAGACAUAAAGCUAUGGGACCAAUGUUGUGUGAUUGGCUGAAAACUGUACAGUUGACUGCAUAAUAAUUUGAGUUGUUUAAUAUUUGCCUUUGGCUUUGAGUCUCCUUGCCUUUUGGUUUUCUUCUCUUUUAUGCUGUCUCAAGGGCUAUACAUUUACUGGUUUUAAAAAUCUAGUGAUCAUUCAGUAUGAUGACUCAAAGAGCCGGGAUUUAACUGAAAGAACAAAUUUACUACACUCACUAGAAAUCACUGAGAUUAUACAAUAUUCAGUUAUCCUUUUAUAUUUUCCCAGGGAAUAGCUGAGAAGUCAGAAUUGAAACUAUUAUCAGUAAAUCUGAUUAUCUGUUUUGAUUCCAGUUGUAUUGCAACUAUAUGAACUAUGGCUAAUGAAAAUUCAUUAGAUUCCUUUAAACAAGACUGUUAGAAGUAAAACAAAUGCUUCUGAUUGAUUUUAUUAAAGUUCUAUAUUAAUUGUUAGGAUAAUAACAAUUUCAUAAUGCUGAAGCUGAAAGUGAUAGAUUUGAGAGCUGAGGUAUAGUCAUGUUCCCAAAGUUUUAGUUGUUUCAGAUGCUUCACAACCAAUGAAACUCCAAAAGUAGAAAUUGCGAGUUGAAAACAGAAUUACCUUCUGGUUUCAAUGGGCAUUUGCACACUGUGAAGACUUCCAGGCUCCCUUCCUGAACAAAAGAGAAGGAUGUUCAAGUUGGCUAUGCCUAGGUGCAGGAGGAGAUGCAAUCUCCAUGGCCUCUCUGCUCAGGGCUUUGCACAUGAGGUGAGGGUAAAAUGUUAAACUGAAGCUUCCCUUCACUUCAAAUCCUACAGGAUUCCCAAUGGGAGCUGAUGCUAGUUAUAUCAGAUACCUCUCUGUUGUACUGUAUUUGUUCAACAAAAAGCAGAUGACAAAGGACAUAGGCCUAGGACUGGGAUUUGGUUGCAAAAUGUGUGCUGUCAUGUAAAGAAAAAGUUUGUUAAUGGCCUGGUAAAUGUCACCUUUUUGAUAUCCUGGCAUCCCUCUUCUCCUUCACAUAAUAAACUGUUACUAUCUUUGUUCCCAAGAACCACGUUGUGCAGUAAGAGGAGGAGAAUUUAUAAAAUUUAUACCACAGUGCAAUUGUUGCUGACAUAUCAAGUCCCAGAUACAGUAUUCAUUAUAGAACUUAUGCAUAUUUAGAAAUUUGUAAGUAGUAAAUGCUGCAUUUGAAAACUGUAUGAAAUGGUAGAUCCAAGAAUUUUUAUUGUAAACCAUAUUUGCAUUAAGUCUGAGCUGAUGUAAUACAUACACUUCUCUUUUUGUCGUCCAGACAUUUUCAAAGUAUGUCUGUAUAAAAUCUAAAUUGUUUCAUUGUAGUUACUGUCAAAAAUAUGUUGAUCUGCACCGCCUUUUUUCAGCAAAACUAUGAUUGCACCCUCCACAAACCUAUACUGGCUCAAAGCUGUCAAGAUAUGGAAAAAAUCUUACUCAAUGCUCUGUGCUCAGUCACUUAUUCUACCCCCUCACUCAGUGUCUCACCUUGAUCUCAUCAGCAUUGGGUGCAGCUGGAACAUGUGCAGGCCUGUGGAGAAGUAUCACAAAAAACUUGUCUGCAGUUAAAGAGACUUGGAAAAGCCAAAAGGUGAAAAGCUGCCUUGGGAGAGAAAACCCCAGGGUUAAGAAGUGUGAGGUCUGGAAACGUAAGCCAAUAGGCAUAUGAGCCACUAAUGAGAAAAGAAAGCUGCCGCCAAAUUAAAAACAUGCUAAUUGUCUGAUAGGGUUAAGCAGAACCUUGAGGAAGAGAAUUGCAAAAUACUUGUACAAUGCCUAAGAUUCGUCUCUUGUUCAUCUGCAUCCUCCAACAUGAGCAUCAUGUAUGGCUUCCACUGAGAACAGGCAGCAUUAUUUUAUUAUUAUUAUUAUUAUUUUAAUCUCAGUAAGGGAGAUAGAGCUACCGAGCUACAUAUUUUUAGAAAAAGCAUUGUAUAAAGGAAAAGCUAAGUAAAGGGUGCUUAAACCUUGUUUGACACAAGAACAAGCUGUGACAACCAAAAGAAUAAGGAAAUAAAAGCUAGGUGACUCAUUCUGCUACCCCACUUUGAGGGAGCCAGGAAGGAUGACUCAACUAAUGAAGGUAGCCUCAAAUUUUGAGAUUAAGAUGCGCAAUUACAGUUCAUGUAGUUAUCGUGAAGGUCAAAUAACAUAAAGGAUAAAGACAGCUUUCUCCAGCAGGCCUCCUUUUUCUUCAGUGAGGCAAAACUACCAAAACCACCCAGGCAAAUGUUCAUUCAGAAAAGGUGAAAUUUUUCGUAAGUGAAGGAUGUAAAGAUUAUAAUUGGUAGAAGAUAUAUAUUUGUGUCCUUUGUGGCUGGACUGGUGUGAUAACUGCUUCUAAGUAAAGUCCUGCAGAGUUAAACCUCAAAGGAAGCCAGGUUUCUUCUUUUGAGUUAAAUGUUUUUCUUCGCAAUGUGUGGACAGCAACAACAACAAAAAAGUGGCUAUUUUACUGUAAAAGGGAGUCUGACUGUACAUUUGAUAUUUAUUAAUAUUUAUUACUUUUAGAAAUAUUUUUAAUUGAGAAUUGCAGGAAAAAUAAUGUAUGUGGAAAUAUUGUGAUCAUUUAUAUUCCCCCAAACUUUUGUGAAUCUCAAGUUUUUGCUUGUCUGCUGAUUGUGAUAUUCUGGUUAUAGAGGCAAAUUUUGUCUCUGAGAAAGUCUUUGAGCAACAGAAUUUGGAAUAUGUGUCAUGCAGCUGUUUUCUGAUUAUUCAGUUUGUAUGUGAUUAACCAAAGUAAUAAAAUAAUGAGCACUGCUAUCAACUCUAAA